AUGAUUGCCUUACUUUUGAGUUUAUUAUUGUUUUAUACACGUUGUUUUGAUGUUAAUUUAUCUGAGUAAUGUUAAUGCCCAGAUAUAAAGAGUAGGAAUGAAUGUCAAAAUAAAUGCUAAUGGGAUAGUAUUAAGAGUAUAUGUUAUGAGAAGAAGCUUGAAAGUGCAGGAUCAAUUUUUCCAAUUAGUUAGUUAUGUUUGAAUGUAAAAAAGCCAGAUACAGAUUGUGCAAUAACAUUAGGAUGUGCAUAUUACGAAGAUAAAGAGAAAAAGAUGAUAUGUGAAUAAUUUAGUGGAUGUUAAGCUUAUACAAGAAGAACAAAUGAAGAAUGUUAGAAGGUAUCAAGACAAUGUACAAGUGAUGGGUAAAUAUGCAUUGAUCCAUUGAAAUGUGAAGAAUAUUAGACUUAGAUUUUGUGUUUGUAGAACAAAAGUAUUUCAGGGACAGGGAAAUGUAAAUGGUCAUAAUAAGAUAAAAAAUGUUAAGAUUAAGUGUGUACUGAUGCAUUAGAAACACUUACAACAGAUGCUUAAUGCUAAAGAUUCUUAUAAGGUUGUAAAACAACAGGUAAAGGUUGUGUGUAAGAACUUUAAAGUUGUUCUACUUAUAAAAUAGAUGAUUGUCUAGGUAAAAUAGGUUCUGAUGGUUAUUGUUAAGAAAAGGAUGGUACAUGUCAGAAAAUGCCUUGUAAUGAUGCUCCCGCAUUUUAUCAUGAUAAAUAAUGUUAAACAUUUUAAAUAGGUUGUGUAUCUAAAGGAAAAGGUUGCAUAGAAUCUCCAUUGUAAUUAUGUUCCACAUAUUAAGAAGAAGGACUUAAUUGUUUGGUGUUGAUAGGUUCAGAUGGUCCUUGUGAAGCAACUCCUGAUUAAAAAGUUUGCAGAGCUAGAUAAUGUUAGAGCUUGAUGGGAACUACAAAUAAAGAAUGUGAUUCAUAUAAAAAAGAAUGUAUAACAACAGGAGUAGAAUGUACUGAUAAAUUAUAAUUAUGUUCUACUUAUUCAGAUAAUUGUGAUGUCAGAAUAGGAUUAGAUGGAUUUUGUAAGACAGGUACUAACAUAAAUUGUGAAUUACGAUUAUGUAGUGAUGCUGAUGUCUUACUAUAAACUGAUGAAGAAUGUGAUUCAUUUUAAAAAGGUUGUCUUACGACAGGUACAGGAUGUACUAAUAUCAGAAAACCAUGUAAUCAAUAUAAAGGAACGAAAAGCACUUGUUCUUUGAUUAUUGGUUCUGAUGGGAGAUGCAAAGGAGAUGAUGAUAUUAAAUAAGACAAUUGCCUUAUUGCUUCUUGUUCAGAUGCUCCUAAAGAAUAUAAAACUCAUGAAAAAUGUAAAAUCUUUCAUUCCAGUUGUCUAUCUAAUGGAGCAGGAUGUGAACUUUAAAAUACUUGUUUAUCUACUUUUAGUGAAUUGGCUUGUAAAGGAACUUCUAAUUGUUUAUGGAAUUCAAUCUGUGUUACUGCCAAAUGCACAUCUUAUUAUACUAUCAAUUUAUGCAAGUAAAACAAAGAAAAUGGUUUACCAUGUUUUUGGACUGGUACAUUCUGUAGAUUACUUGAAUGUACUGAUGCCCCAAAUAAAUACACUACUAAUCAAGAUUGUGAUAAAUUUUUACAUGGAUGUCUUACAACUUUAGUUGGGUGCAUUCAUUAAACAAGUCCCUGUUCAUCAUAUUCUGGAAAAGCUGAUGAAUGUAAGAGUUUUAUAGGUAAUGGCAAAAGAUGUUGGGGUACUAACAAUAUUACAAUAUAAUCUUGCUCUGAAAGAUUAUGCUCUUUAGAUACUACUAGUACUACUGAUGAAGAUUGCGAUUAAUUUCAAUUCAAAUGUAAAACUAAAGGAAUUGGAUGUAUCAGUCCUAAUGAACNUUAUAAAAUAGAUGAUUGUCUAGGUAAAAUAGGUUCUGAUGGUUAUUGUUAAGAAAAGGAUGGUACAUGUCAGAAAAUGCCUUGUAAUGAUGCUCCCGCAUUUUAUCAUGAUAAAUAAUGUUAAACAUUUUAAAUAGGUUGUGUAUCUAAAGGAAAAGGUUGCAUAGAAUCUCCAUUGUAAUUAUGUUCCACAUAUUAAGAAGAAGGACUUAAUUGUUUGGUGUUGAUAGGUUCAGAUGGUCCUUGUGAAGCAACUCCUGAUUAAAAAGUUUGCAGAGCUAGAUAAUGUUAGAGCUUGAUGGGAACUACAAAUAAAGAAUGUGAUUCAUAUAAAAAAGAAUGUAUAACAACAGGAGUAGAAUGUACUGAUAAAUUAUAAUUAUGUUCUACUUAUUCAGAUAAUUGUGAUGUCAGAAUAGGAUUAGAUGGAUUUUGUAAGACAGGUACUAACAUAAAUUGUGAAUUACGAUUAUGUAGUGAUGCUGAUGUCUUACUAUAAACUGAUGAAGAAUGUGAUUCAUUUUAAAAAGGUUGUCUUACGACAGGUACAGGAUGUACUAAUAUCAGAAAACCAUGUAAUCAAUAUAAAGGAACGAAAAGCACUUGUUCUUUGAUUAUUGGUUCUGAUGGGAGAUGCAAAGGAGAUGAUGAUAUUAAAUAAGACAAUUGCCUUAUUGCUUCUUGUUCAGAUGCUCCUAAAGAAUAUAAAACUCAUGAAAAAUGUAAAAUCUUUCAUUCCAGUUGUCUAUCUAAUGGAGCAGGAUGUGAACUUUAAAAUACUUGUUUAUCUACUUUUAGUGAAUUGGCUUGUAAAGGAACUUCUAAUUGUUUAUGGAAUUCAAUCUGUGUUACUGCCAAAUGCACAUCUUAUUAUACUAUCAAUUUAUGCAAGUAAAACAAAGAAAAUGGUUUACCAUGUUUUUGGACUGGUACAUUCUGUAGAUUACUUGAAUGUACUGAUGCCCCAAAUAAAUACACUACUAAUCAAGAUUGUGAUAAAUUUUUACAUGGAUGUCUUACAACUUUAGUUGGGUGCAUUCAUUAAACAAGUCCCUGUUCAUCAUAUUCUGGAAAAGCUGAUGAAUGUAAGAGUUUUAUAGGUAAUGGCAAAAGAUGUUGGGGUACUAACAAUAUUACAAUAUAAUCUUGCUCUGAAAGAUUAUGCUCUUUAGAUACUACUAGUACUACUGAUGAAGAUUGCGAUUAAUUUCAAUUCAAAUGUAAAACUAAAGGAAUUGGAUGUAUCAGUCCUAAUGAACCUUGUUCAUCAUAUACUGGAGAUUCUACUCUUUGUGCUUAAUUCACAGGAUCAGAUGGAAAAUGCUACAAUGAUCUUGAUAACAAAUCUUCAUGCAGAUAACUCAUCUGUAAUGAUAAUACCACUGCUACAACUGAUGAUGAAUGUUAUUAAUUUUUAGAUCAUUGUCUUUAUGGAGGAGCUGGAUGUAUACUUAAAACUGAACCAUGCAUCAGUUAUACAGGUUCCUCCAUUGAUAUCUGCUCUUAAUUUUAAUCUAAUGGUAAACAGUGUUGGUGGGUAUCUGGCACUAAUUGCGUAGAAAAAGAAUGUGGUCAUAAUACCACUGCAACAACUGAUAGAGACUGUCAAGAAUUUCUUUAAGACUGUGUUACAAAUGGUGCAGGAUGUUAACAUUUCUCUCUUGAUUGCAACUUAUAUAAUGGCACUCAAACCACCUGCAUGUCAUUUAAAGGAAAUAAUAGACCUUGUAUUUUACGAAGUUAAUGUUCUCAAAAAUCUUGCGAUGAAGUUAUAAACCCUACUUCUAAUACUGAUUGUAUUGUAUAUAUGAAAACCUGCAGAUUCGAUGGUACAAAAUGUAUUAUUGCACAACCUAAUUGUGCUUUUUAUAUUGGAGAUAGCACACUUUGUUAAUCUCUCUCAGAUUCUAAUAAUUUAGGAUGUUGGCUUCCAAUUGGAUCUAAUGGAUCAUGCGUUAAUCGAUAAUGUACAGACAUAGGAUCAGCCAUAAAUUAAUAAGAUUGUGAUAAUUUUUUGAUAGGAUGUGUAUUUGAUGGAACAUCAUGCUAGUAAAAAUAAAAUAAUUGCGAAGAUUACACUAAUUUUACAUAAGAGGCAUGCAAAUAAGUGAAAACAAUUAAUGGAAAUAAAUGCUGGAAGAAUGAGAAUUCAGACGGUAACUGUGAAUCAAUAUCUUGUGAUAAUAAUAUUGAUUCCCCUUCAGAAGAAGUUUGUAUUUCAUAUUUGAGUACAUGUGUAUUUACAGGAACAAAAUGUACUACAAUUAAGAAUUCUUGUAGUUUAUAUACAGAAUUUACAAUAGAUGCUUGUAAAGCAGUUAAGAAAAUAGAUGGUGAUAAAUGUUGGGCAAUUGAAGAUGGUAGUUGUAUAGAAAGACAGUGUAGUGAUGUAGUGGCAUCAACAGAUGUAAUACUAAACAAUGAUAAUUGUGUUGAAUAUUUAAAAACAUGUAGAUUAGGGAUGUCAAAUUAAUGUAUUGUAUCAAGAGCUAAUUGUGCAGAUUAUGGACCUGAAUUUUCUUUUGAUGUAUGCAGAUAAAUAACAUCAACAAAUGGAAAUUAAUGUUGGAAAAUGGAUUCUGAGAAUGGUCAAUGUGAGGAAGCUUUAAGUUCAUGUAAUUAAUAUAGUAAUGCAUCUUAAGAUUUAUGUUAUAAAAUUAAAGAUAGUACUGGAAAAUUAUGUUGGAAAUCUGGACCUGGAAUUGGAUCUUGUGAAGAUAGAAAUUGUUCAAAUUAAGUUACUAAUAUUAGUUAAUCUAAUUGUUUUUAACAUCUUUAGUCUUAUACUUCUACAAAUUAAUGUGUUUAUCCAGGAGUAGGAUAAACAUGUAAAUAGAUAGAAGAUAAUUGUUAAAAAUAUACAGGCUUCACUUAACAAGCAUGUAAAACAGUAACUACUCUUGAUAAUAAAAAAUGUUGGAAAACAAGUGAAGGAAUAGGAAUUUGUGAAGAAAGAACUUGUGAUUAAAAUAUAAUUAAUCCAUCAUUUGAAAAUUGUUAGGCUCAUCUUACAAUUUGCACAUUUAAUGGUAAGACAUGUUAAAAAAAAGAGGAUUAUUGUUCUAAUUAUAUAAAUAUGUCCCAAGAAUAAUGUCGAAUAAUUGUAUCUAAUAUAGAUGGAAGAUGUUGGUCAUUAACAACUGGAAUAGGUUCUUGUAUAAAAAGAGUAUGUGAACAUAAUGCAACAUCAAUUUCUGAUAUAGUUUGUGAAGAUUUUCUUAGUGGAUGUAUAACUAAUUCAAAGGGAUGUGUAUUAUCAACAACUGCAUGCUCUACUUUUAGUGGUACAACAAGUUUAUGUUAUUCUAUUAAUGGAUGCAAAAGAGAUGAAAAUAUUAUUGGUACUUGUGAAGUAAGAAAUUGUUUAGAUGAUUAAGAUUCUAUAACUGAUGAGAAUUGCCAUAAAUUCUUAGAAGGUUGUGUUACCAAAGGUAAAGGAUGCAUUUCAAAGACUGAACCAUGUACAUCAUAUUUGGGAAAUAGAGAAACUUGUAAGAAAUUCAAAGGAAAUGGUAGAAGUUGUUGGAAUACUUAGAAUGCUACAGAAAGAACUCCAUGUAUUGAUAGAUUGUGCUCUGAUAAUGAUUAUAGUACAACAGAUUAAGAUUGUGAAGCCUUUUCAUUUGGAUGUGUAACUAAAGGAAUUGGAUGUAUUGAUAAAUCCUUACCUUGUUCAAAAUAUUUAGGUACAUAAUUAUCUUGUGCUACUUUUAAAGGAUUAAAUGGUACUAAGAAAUGUUGGAAUGUUGUUACAGCAACUACUACAUCUGUUUGUAUUGAUCGAUUAUGUACUCAUAAUACUAAAUCAACAACAGAUAAAGAUUGUGAUGAAUUCUUAUCAGGCUGUAUUACAAAAGGUACUGGUUGUGUCAAUAGAUAAUUAUGUAAAAACUUUUUAGGAACAAUCAAGACUUGUCCCAAUUUCUCUGCUAUUGAUAAACCUUGUUAAGGAGUAAGCAAUGUUGUUGCAUCUUGUGAAUCAGUUAAUUGUUAUGAAGCUCCUAAUACAGCUGAUUCUGAUGUGGCUUGUGAUAAAUUUAAAUCUACUUGUAAAUCUACUGGAUUUGGAUGCGUUGCUUCCAUUACUUGUGAAGAUAUUCAAACUAAAGAAAUUUGUAAAGCUAAUCCCAACUGUAUUUACACAUAAAAUUGUAGAGAAUUACAAAAGGAUUGUUCUGUAUUCAAGACUUAAAGUCUAUGUAUCAAUACACCUGUUUUAGUGGGCAAUUUGAAAUCGAGAUGCUCUUGGCAUUAUAAAAGUGGUAAAGGUGUAUGUGAAAAUUGGGAAUGUUUUGAUGCAUCUAAGAUGAUUACUUCCCAUGAAAUUUGUAAUGCAUUAAAUAAGAAUUGUACUACUUCAGGAAAUGGUUGUAUUGAACUUGGUCCUUGUGCUACUUAUAUUACUUCGAAUGUUUGUUAAGCAGCUAAAACUACUGAUAAAGGAGACACGUGCAUUUGGGAUAAAACUUCAUGUAGAGCUAAAAAAUGCUCAGAUGCAUCUAAAGCAUUUAAAAAUGAUGAAAAAUGUGAAACAUACUUAACGAAAUGUUUAACUACAGGUUAAGGUUGUGAAAAACCACAUUUUGGCUGUGAUAAAAUUCUAACAUAAGUCAGAUGUACCAUUGAUACAUAAUCGAAACCUUGCCUUUGGAAAAAUGGGAAAUGUAUUUCUCAUAAAUAAUGUUCUGAUCACAUUGAUACAACUUUUGAAGGAUGCUAAUCAUUUGGUGAAAAAUGUGUUAGUGAUGGUACAACUUGUUUAUCCAUGACAUUAUGUGAAAGAUACAAAAAUGAAAUUAGUUGUCUUUAUGGAACUGAUGGAAUUUGCGGAUGGUUACCUCCAAAUGGCUCAAAUCCUGCAUAAUGUGUUUUAUUUAAAGAAUGCAAAUAAGCUAUCAGUUCAGAUAAUGCUACUUGUGGUUUAUUUUCUAAUUCAUGUACUAUAUAUAAACAUACAACAUGUUCUAAAUUACCUAUUUGCAUUAGUGAUGGUAAAUAAUGUUUCCCAAAAGGAAAAUGUGAAAGCUAUUUAACUGAAUAGGCCUGCUCCAAUUUUGGUGAUGAUGGUAAAUGCUUUUGGGAAGUAAAAGAUUCUAAAACAAAAUGUAGAUUAAGAGAAUGUACUGAUGCUACUGUUUAAAAUGCUAAUAAUAUUGUAACACAUUAAAGUUGUAAUGCAUUUUAAGCUAUUAAAUAUUGCACUACUAAUAGCAUUGGAUGUAUAGAUAUGAAUAAAUGUGAUAAAUAUGAUAAAAAUAGUUGUUUCAUUGGAAUAGAUGGAGAAUGCAUUUUUGAUAAAGAAAAAUGUAGAAUUAAAAUUUGUACAGAUUAUAAAGAAGUUACUUCAGUAGAAUGUAAUCUAAAAUUAAAAGGAUGCAUAUCUGAUGGUACUGUUUGUCUAACUAAAUCAAAUUGUGCAACAUAUCAAACCAAAUUGGCCUGUCAUUCUAAUGGAAUUGAUGGAAUAUGUGUCUGGAACGAAGUGAAAAAUCAAGAUAAUACAAUAACAUCAAAUUGUAAACUUAUGACAAAAUGUGAGGAUGCAUAUCAAGAUUAAAUAGCUUGCGAAUUCAAAAAAUACACCUGUUAAUAUAUUAUAGAUAUUAAUACUAAAAUUAGUUAAUGUGUUUCUCAUAAUUGUAGUUCUUUAGCUGAAGGAACAAAUUGUCUUCCUAUAUAUUCUUUUGAUUAAAAAAAAGCAAUAAUUUGCAUUCCUAAUAAAGAAGCAUUGAGUAAUAAUUCAACAUCUAAUACUAAUUCUACAUCUAACACAAAUUCAACUUAAAAUAAUAAAAUUUUGUGCAUACAAGGGGAUCCUGCAUUAUUAGAACAGUCUUAUUGUCUUACUUAUAGUGCCUAUACUUAUACUUUUGAUUAAUCUUAAUCUAAAUGUACUAAAUGUAAUAAUAAAGAAAAUAUAUCAGCUAAUUCUAUUCCAACUAAUAAUACCAAUUAAACUGAAAAUUAUAGUGGUGUUAUAAUAGCAAUUGUAAGCAUUCUUAUUAGUUUUAUUACAUUUUGA